UGACUCCGGCCAGCAGCAGCAGCAGCAGCAUCGCUGUCAUCCCUCCCAUCAGCACCACCACCACCCGCCUGUAUAUACGCCGUCUGGUGAAACUGUCAAUGAGAAAGGAUUGUGAAUCAGUUGUGAAGCAAAUAAAACCACCAAGGAAUCAGAGACUGGAGGUUCCUCUGCAUACCAUCGGUGUCAUGGGGGAGAUGCGUUUCCUUGCAGGAGCGGCGCUUUGGGACUGUGAUGUCUGACGGACGCGCAGAGAUGCUGUGAGCUCUGGUAUUAGCAGCCAGCUGCGCACCCACCGAGCAGCUCUGCCCCCUCCCUCCCUGCAUCUCCUCCCCACAAUCCCUCUUCUCUUUCCGACCCAGACCAUUCAGUCAAAGCAGGGAAUUGACUCCACAAGGAUUGCGUCCUGAGCGGUGAUUUGGCAGAGAAAUGCUCAUUUUACUGUGGAAAGCAACUGGAUCUAAAAGUUUUUGAGUAUCUCCAAAAACUGGUUUUGGUGAUUGGAAACUGGGCUUCUAUUCUGUCAGACGGGGCCUGAAAAUGCUUGGCUCAUCUUCACAGCAUUACAAUCCAACCUUUUCUUUCACCUGUCGAUAAGAACAAUCCCCAGGAUUGCCAUCCAUGGUUUCUGUGCUAAUCAAGACUGUGUUACUCUAUAUUGAAAAGAUUUGCAAAGGAAUGUUUACAAAGAAAUUGGCAAACCCAAUAAAGAAGAAAGAAAGAAGUGAAAAUAAAGAGCCCAAAUUAGCCACUGAUUUGCAAGCACACAAUCUAACUCUCUCAACUACCCUAAAAACAACUGUGAAAAAGAUUUCCAAAUGCUCUUCGGCACGUAAUAUUUCGCUUGAAGAAGACGACGGAAAGAACGACUGCUCCUCCUUGUCACCCACUUUCAGCUAUCGUGUAGCAAUAGCAAAUGGACUCCCAAAAAGUUCUCUUUUUCUAAAUAAUAAUGAAAGUAUAUUUCCUGAGGUUCUUUCGAUUGAUAGCAGUUACUCUGACUCCUUGAGUGAGACAAAACCUGUCCGGAGACUAGAUGAGCAUAAAUCGCACACUAUGCCAGUGAGACGAAAUAGGAAGAGCCUCAUCAGUUUAGCUCCCUCAGACGGCAGUUCUGAGGGUGAACGGGUGGAACGCUCUAGUUUACAUACACUUAGGCUGGGUGCUCUACGCAAGUUAAGAAAAUGGAAAAAGAGCCAGGAAUGUGUCUCCUCAGACUCGGACGUGAGCAACUGGAGGAAAACCUUGGGUAUUCGCAGCAAAUCUCUGGACCGCGCUGGUCGACAACAAAAGAGUUCUACGCUGGAGCCUGGCUCUUCCUCAACAGGAUGCAUCAGCCAGACGCAGGAUGUAAUGGAAAUGAUUUUUAAGGAGCUCCAGGGGAUAAGUCAGAUAGAAACAGAACUAUCUGAGCUUCGUGGCCAUGUAAAUGCCCUUAAGAGCUCAAUUGAUGAGAUCUCCAGCAGCGUGGAAGUAGUUCAGAGUGAGAUUGAGCAGCUUAGAUCAGGAUUUGUCCAGUCCAGAAGGGAAACAAGAGACAUUCAUGACUACAUAAAACAGAUUAGCCAUCAGGCAAAUAAUUCAACCUUGCGGUUUCUAAACGUUCCAGAAGAAAGAUCAGAAAAAACAGAAAGUGUGAUAUACAGAAUAUUGAAAGAGAAAAUGGGUUUCACUGAUGCCCAUAAAUCAAUUAAAAUUGAACUUGCUCAUAGGUUAGGGCAACAAAGAGAAUGUUCUAAUGCAAAACCUCGUCCUAUUAUUGUCAUUUUUGCAACCCCACAAGACCGAGACGUAGUCCUUAAAAAAUGCUACAAACUCAAAGGGACAGGGAUUACAGUAUCUACUGAUAGCUUAACAAGUGAAGGAAAAGAGAGGAAAGAAAAAAUACUAUCAUCCUCACAAACAUAUGAAAGCAUGGAUAUAAAAGUCUCAGGAAAGGAGAAAGUUGUAGAAAGUGAUGACUGGGAUUCAAUGGACAGUGAUAAAGAACUGGAUGAAUUAAGCAGGAAUAAAUAUGCAAUGGUAAUUUCAAAGCCAGUUCACAAGUCCAAGUCAGAGAAGAAGCGAUCCCAUGACCACAGCAGGUCGGGAGAGGUAGCAGGCUACUCAGGAACAGUGCACUAUGCUGAUGACUCUUACUAUGAAACAGAUAAGCAUGCAAAGGCUUACUACUCCGAUCUUACACCAGGAUGGCUUUCACAAAGUGAUUAUUCAACUCCAAAACUUAGUCGUUCUGAGUCCGACUGUUCAAAACUUUGUCAAUCAUACUCUGAAGAUUUUUCAGAAAGUCAAUACUUCACACGAGCAAAUGGUAGCUCCCUGCUUUCUUCAUCAGAUCAAGAACUAUGGCAGAGAAAACAAGAGGACAUGUCUUCCUCUUGGUAUGCCAGCCCCAGCCACCCCCAUGAUAAUCAAACCUAUGAACAUAAUGAGGUUGAGACUACUGAGACUAUUGAUAGUGGGGUUAGCAAUGGACUUGUUUGCAUGUCUGGUGAUCGAAGCCACUACAGUGGCUCACAGGUCUCAUUACAAGGUGAUCUAUCUCCAUGGAAAGACUGGCAUCACCUGGAGCAGGGAGCUGAUUCUGGUUUGGAAGCCUCUAUAGAGGUCAGCAGCCCUUUUGAUCCAUCAACUAUUCCUGGUUUUCCAGAGAACAUUACCAAAUGCCAGGAAGUUGAUUUGCAGUUUGAAGGAGAUGAGGAGUUUAUGAUGCUUGAUAGAGAAUCUUCUUUACCUUCUAUUACCACCCAUAUCAUCCCUCCCAUCACAGAACGGGAAUAUGUCAAGACUUCUUCACGGCAAUCAAAAGAGGGAUGUAAGGCAGUCGCAAAAGAAAGCACAAAAAUAUCAAAAGAAGCCACUAAAUCUGGUGCAAAAGUGACACCUAAACCAAGUAAAGCUGCCCCUAAAGAAGAAACUUCUAAAAUAUUGUCAAAAGAAAAUGCAAAGGUGCCUGCUAAGGUUUCAUCUAAAGUGGCAUCUAAAACAUCCACUAAAGAAUUACAAAAAGAAACAAUAAAAUCUGCUGUUAAAGAAAGCUCUCAAGUUAUCCAUAAAGACAGCACUGUAUUUACACCUAAAGAAACCACUAAAACUACAGGUAAAGAACUAUCUAAAGUAACAUCAAAAAUAGGUUCGGGUGAAAAUGCCAAGGUCUCUUCUAAAGCAAUCCCAAAAGACAGCCCUGUAAUCACACCUAGAGAAAGUCCAAAAGACUCACCCAAAGAGAGCCCUAAAAUAACCCCAAUUGAUACCCCUGUCUUGACCCCAGAUUCUACACCCAGGGAGUCCCCUAAAGAAUCCCCAAAUGUCAUUGCUAAAGAACCCCAGAAAGUAAUUUCUAAAGAAGUUGUUAAUCUUGUUGCUAAAGAGGUUACCAAAGAAGCUUUUAAACCACCCCCUAAAGAUGUGCCUCAAGUCACACCGAAGGAUACAACUAAAGUACUCACUCAGGAGUUUUCUAAGCUUCCACCUAAGGAGGUUUCAAAUGUAGCCCCAAAAGAGAUUUCUAAAGUGACACCAAACGAGACUUCUAAAGCAGCUCCAACUGAGGUUCCCACAGUUCCAUCUAAAUCAAGCUCUAAAGUUACUACCAAGGAAUCCUCAAAAACAGUUCCCAGUGAAAAGUUCCCUGAACUUGAUCUUAAUCAUACCUUUCACCAGGCCCAGAGCAAGUCCUCAAGUAUGUACCGUAGCCAGAGUGAGAUAAGAACAGAAAAAGUUGAGGAGGUUCCUAAAACUUGGAGUAGUAGGCUUAGCAUAGAUCUAAGCGAAAAGUCCUUUGGUUUUGGCUUUGGAUCUACUCUUCAGAGAGCUAAGUCUGCUCUGGAGGUUGUUUGGAAAUCAGGCGCACAAAGCACCCCUGCUCCUCAAGAGGAACCUACAAAUUCGUCUUCCUCAUUUAUGGGGCGUUUUCGAACACUCUCCACCUCCACAGCAAAUAGUUCCCCUGCUACAAUGGAAUCAGAUGUUUGUACAGAACAUGUCUUUAAGAAGUCAGAGGAGGAAAAUACUAGUGCUGAAAUUGGAGAACAAUCUGUGGACAGUGAAACACACUAUGUUGAAGUGAUGGAGCAGGUACUAGCUAACCUGGAGAACAGGACUAAUGUUACUGACAACAAGGAAACCGAUGAGCUUGAACAGGAGUGUGAAACUUCUCAAGACUAUGAUGUGUCUGAGGACUUGGAGCCAUCUCAAGACAAUGAUGCCUCCCAGGUUCAUGAGGCUUCACAAGAUUUUGAAACCCCUGACGACUAUGAUGCAAGUAAGGAGACCCGGGUUUUGGAGUAUGACUGCAGUUUGGAUGAUCAGUAUGAAGAGGAGUAUAGUGAGGAUUAUGAGAACCAACUCACUGAGGACACUGCUGAAUACGAUGCAAUGGUUGAGUAUGUGGAUGUUGAAGAACCUGAUGAGACUGAGGAUAAUGAUGUGACAGAGGAAAUGGAUGAGGUUGCUGAAGAGCUGGAUGAUGUUGAGGAAAUUGCAGAAGAGGCAGUUGAAGUUCUUGAAAAAGAAGAAGAAGAACAACUUCAGGAGGAUGAAAAUCAAAAUGUCCCAGAAGAGAAGCCGGUAGAACCACCACCUAAAAAACGAGUUCGACCCACAUUCAAAGAGGCGGCGCUGAGAGCUUACAGAAAACAAAUGGCUGAACUUGAGCAGCAGAUCCUGGCAGGAGACACCAGUGCUUUGGAUACUCAGCCUCGCAGUAUUUUGGAUCCCAAAUUUCUUGGGUUGCAGACUGGAGGGGCUGGCAGUAUUCUUUAUGGUAUUGACAGCAUGCCAGAUCUACGCCGCAAAAGGACAGUGCCUCUUGUCCGAGACCUGGCUUUGACCCUCACUGCUCGAAAGGCAGGCAUCUCGUUUGCUCUGGUGAACAGAUCAACACUGAACAACGAGGAACUGAAACUGCAUGUCUUCAAGAAGACUCUCCAGGCCUUGAUCUACCCAAUUUCAUCGACUACACCCCACAAUUUUGAGGUGUGGACGGCAACUGCUCCCACCUACUGUCAUGAGUGUGAAGGUCUGCUGUGGGGCAUCGCCCGCCAGGGCAUGCGUUGCUCAGAGUGUGGUGUUAAAUGCCAUGAGAAGUGCCAGGACCUGCUCAAUGCAGAUUGUUUACAAAGGGCCGUGGAGAAAAGUUCGAAGCAUGGAGCAGAAGACAAGACUCAAAAUAUCAUCAUGGCUAUGAAGGAGCGUAUGAAGAUCAGGGAGAAGAACCGACCUGAGGUGUUUGAGGUGAUUCAGGAGAUGUUUGAGGUCUCUAAAGAAGAAUUUACCUCCCAUUUGAAGACAGCCAAACAGGCUGUGCUGGAUGGAACGUCCAAGUGGUCUGCCAAAAUCACCAUAACAGUAAUGUGUGCACAGGGAUUACAGGCCAAGGACAAAACUGGAUCCAGUGACCCAUAUGUCACAGUCCAGGUGGGGAAGACCAAACGCAGGACCAAAACCAUCUUUGGCAAUCUUAACCCUGUUUGGGAUGAAAAGUUCCACUUCGAAUGCCACAAUGCCACUGACCGAAUAAAGGUGCGUGUUUGGGAUGAAGAUGAUGACAUCAAAUCACGGGUGAAACAACAUUUCAAGCGUGAGUCAGACGAUUUCCUGGGGCAGACCAUCAUUGAGGUUCGCACACUCAGCGGCGAGAUGGAUGUUUGGUACAAUCUGGAUAAGAGAACUGACAAAUCUGCAGUAUCUGGUGCCAUCAGACUCAAGAUCAGCGUUGAGAUGAAAGGGGAGGAGAAUGUUGCGCCUCCUCAUGGCCAGUACACUUGUUUACAUGAGAACCUGUUCCACUAUCUGACUGAAGUGAAAAACAGUGGCGUAGUGAAGAUACCUCAGGUGAAAGGGGACGACGCCUGGAAGGUCUACUUUGAUGACGUGUCUCAGGAGAUAGUGGAUGAAUUUGCCAUGAGAUACGGGGUGGAGUCCAUCUAUCAGGCUAUGACGCAUUUCUCUUGUCUGUCUGCCAAAUACAUGUGUCCUGGUGUGCCGGCAGUGAUGAGCAACUUGCUUGCCAAUAUCAAUGCCUACUUUGCUCACACGACCACCACCACAACCACUACCGCCUCUGCUUCUGACCGAUUUGCUGCCUCUAACUUCGGGAGGGAGAAAUUCGUCAAAUUACUGGACCAGCUUCAUAACUCAUUGAGGAUCGACCUUUCAAAAUACAGGGAUAACUUUCCUGCUGGAAACCCAGAGCGUCUCCAAGACCUGAAGUCCACUGUUGAUCUGCUUACAAGCAUAACUUUCUUCAGAAUGAAGGUGCAAGAGCUCCAGAGCCCACCAAGAGCCAGCAUGGUAGUGAAGGACUGCGUGAAGGCUUGCUUGGACUCGACAUACAAAUACAUUUUUGACAACUGUCAUGAACUCUACAACCAGCUUCUCGACCAGAGCCGGAAGCAGGAGCUUCCCAGGGAAGAGCAGGGUCCUUCUAUAAAGAACCUGGACUUCUGGCCAAAACUCAUCACUCUUAUGGUAUCUGUUAUCGAUGAGGACCGCACAGCCUACACGCCAGUCAUUAAUCAGUUUCCGCAGGAGCUGAAUGUGGGGAAAAUCAGCGCUGAGAUCAUGUGGAACCUGUUUGCCCAGGAUAUGAAGUAUGCAAUGGAAGAGCAUGAUAAGCAUCGCCUAUGCAAAAGCACGGAAUACAUGAAUCUUCACUUCAAAGUCAAAUGGUUCCAUAAUGAGUAUGUCCGUGAUGUGCCAGCCUUCAAGGAUGUUCCACCAGAAUACUCUCUGUGGUUCGACCCCUUUGUCAUUCAAUGGCUUGAUGAGAAUGAAGUUGUUGCUAUGGACUUUCUCUCUGGAGCACUUGAAAGGGACAAGAAAGAUGGAUUUCAGCAAACCUCGGAGCACGCACUCUUUUCCUGCUCGGUGGUGGACGUGUUCACUCAACUAAACCAGAGUUUUGAGAUUAUUAAGAAGCUGGAAUGUCCGAACCCACAGGCUCUGGCUCAUUUCAUGUGCCGUUUUGCGAAGACUAUCAACAAGGUUCUUUUGCAAUAUGCUGCAAUCAUUUCCAAGGAGUUUCCUUUACAUUUAAAUAAGGAGAAUGUGCCCUGCAUUAUCCUCAACAACAUCCAGCAACUUCGAGUCCAGCUAGAGAAAAUGUUCGAGUCCAUGGGUGGAAAACAGGAGGAGGGGGUUGUCUCCUUCUGUAAGCUGGAUGCAGAGGCCAGUGAUCUGCUGAAAGAGCUGCAAAAUAAACUCAACGCAGUGCUGGAUGAGCUCAGCGGGGUGUUUGGCUCCAGUUUUAAACCUGUAAUUGAGGACUGUGUGAAGCAGAUGAACCAGGAGCUGGUCCAGAUGAAAGGGCCAGUCAAAGGGAGCAAUCCUGCCAUUGAUGCAGAAACUGUUUUACGGCCCCUUAUGGAUCUUCUGGAUAAGAAUUUGAUGUUAUUCGCCAAGAUCUGUGAGAAGACUGUGCUAAAGAGAGUUCUCAAAGAACUCUGGAAAAUAGUUCUGAACACCAUCGAGAGAACAAUUGUUCUGCCUCCUCUGAGCGACCAGAGUCAACAAGGAGCUCAGAUGAUCUUUAGUGCUGCCAAGGACUUGGGACAGCUGUCCAAACUGAAGGAGCAUGUCAUUCGAGAGGAUACCAGAAGUCUGACGCCUCGCCAGUGUGCCGCCAUGGACCUUGUGCUUCCCACUAUCAAGCAAUACUUCCAUGCUGGUGGGAAUGGACUGAAGAAAACCUUCCUGGAAAAGAGCCCUGACAUGAAAUCCCUCAAAUAUGCUCUCAGCCUUUACACUCAACCUACAGAUGCCUUGAUCAAAAAAUAUAUAUGCACCCAAAACUCUCAAGGUCAGUCAUCCAAUGGAUCCGUGGGGGAGGUGUCAAUGCAAGUGACUUUAAUCUCUCACCCUGGCACAGGAGAACACAAAAUCAGCGUUAAGGUGGUUGGAGUGAACAACCUCAUGUGGCAGACCAACGCUAUGUUCCGGCCCUUUGUGGAGGUCAACGCUAUCGGUCCACACCUUGCUGACAAGAAGCGCAAAUUCAGCACCAAGACCAAGAACAACAACUGGUCUCCAAAAUACAAUGAAACAUUCCAGUACGUUCUGAGUAAUGAACAUGGUCCAGAGGUCUACGAACUACACAUCUCAGUAAAAGACUACUGCUUUGCCCGUGAGGACCGCAUUAUCGGCAUGACGGUCAUCCCGCUCAAAGAGCUGGCAGAAACGGGCAGCUGCGUGGCCUGUUACCCGCUGGUUAAGAGCAUCACCAUGGACGAAACGGGCCUCACUAUCAUGAGGAUACUCUCUCAAAGGACCAAUGAUGAGGUGGCCAAAGAGUUUGUGCGUCUCAAGACUGACACCCGAUCAACGGAGGAAGUGUCAUAGUGUGAAGUAAAUUAGGAAAAAAAAUGCAGUAUUAAGAGUUGUGUUGUCUUCAGAUCAGAUAUAGCAGGUGGAGAAAAGCGAGCAUGGUUGCAGCCAACGUUGGGAUAGACGCUGGAAACAGCAUCAGAAUGAGUUCGUCCAAAGAGAGGAGAAAGAGGCCCAAAACUGGCAAAGCAGCAAGAGUGAGAGUUGUGUUUGUUUUUUGUGCAUGUGUGUAAAACAUCUGUUGGAAUGUUCAUUUUAAAACUAAAGUAUGUACAAGUGUUUACUUACCGUAUGCUCACUAUUAAGUACUAUAUUCUACGAGUUAUUGUAAUGAGACAUGGAUACCUUUUGUACAACAUUUAGUCUUUUUGAGCAGAGAUUUGUUCCAAUAAAGUGCCAAACCAGUGGAAAAAAAAACAAAACAAAAACAAAAUUAACAUAUAUGAAUUAUGGUGAAGUUAGUAUGUUUGAAAUUUGCUUGGUUAUUUUGUCCGGUGUAAGUAAUUUUCUAACCGUGUGGCGUUUUGAUUGUUGCAGACCUCUUUAUUUUGCACCCUCAGUCUUCAUUUAUGGCUUCCCGUUCUUCCACUCUGCACUGUUGUGCAUGUCUUCUCAAUCAUGUCUCUCCCAUGAUUCCACAGUGACCGCCGAUCAGCGUCCUGUUCCUUGCCUUCAAACUGUUUGUAGUUUACGUCGACCUGAAAUCAGACCGAGUUUUUUUUAAAUGGCAAUGACUGCUAUGUAAACCCUCGUAGAUGUUUGUAAUUUUAUAAACGUGAAAACGUUGGUAAAAGCCUCCAGUGCUACAGUCUUAGCAGAGAGAGUGGAUUUACUUAUUUAUUUACUUUAGUUUCUUUGGCUUUUUGUUUUCAUGUUUUGUUUUUUUUAUUUUAUUUUUAUUUUCGCUUCCAGCCUUCCUAAAUGACCACUGUGAACAUGAGCUUUGGAAGGCAAGCUUAUUUAACAUCGCUGAUACUCUGAUAUUGAGAUUUUGUAUUUUUUUCCGAUAAAUUUGUUCCUCAUAAACUGCCAAAGUUAUAUUUCCUAUUUGUACAAGAGCAAUUCAUUACAUGUAUGAAGACAUAUAUAUGUACACGUGAUUUAUUACUUUUUCAAAGCUAAAUCUUUGUUGAUAGGGUGAUACUAAGAUAUUAUUUUAUUAUUUCCUGUGAAGCUGUCUAAAUCUAUAAAGGUUGCACAUGUUAUUUUACACAUUACUUUCACUUUUAUCAUUGGAAUUAUUUUUCUCAUAAAGGAAAGAGUCUAACAUUUGGUAAAUAUGCAACAUUCCUAUGUAUUGCACUGAUGGCAAAUUGUAUGUCAUGUAAAUAUAUUU